AUGUCUAGCGACUCAGACCUAGAUCGCGACUCCCUCCCCAUUCCCUCCUCUCACCUCACCUGGCCAGCGCGCCUCUCCUACCUCGCAUCAACCCUAACACACUUCCCCGAAGACAGCGCCUCCGCCCAAACAAUCCACCGAUGCCUCGACACCAUCUCGUCAGUCCUCCAGCACGACACGCGCCCUGGAUUCGGCCAGGAAAUCGCAAAAUACAGACCUCCGCACAGACACUCCCUAUCCCUCACCUCUGGCGUCACAGCCGUGGAGCCCGAGUCUGAGUCCGAGUCUCCCUUGUUACAUGUACGGAAUGAUGAUGAGCCGCGCGCCGGUCGAGAAAUGCAGUCGCAGCUCAUGGCGCUGUUGCGCGAAGUGACUGCUCUGAAUGGGGAACUGGAUUCUCGGCGCAGAGAAGCAGGUGAGAUAUAUGAGUUGUUGGAGGGGAGGUGUCGCGAGUUGACGAGAACGAUUGCGGAGUUGGAGGGUGAGGUGGUCGAGUUACAAGCGGAUUUAGUAGAGGAUGCGGUUGAGUUAGAGGGCAUACAGGGAACCGUGCAUGGGCUGCAGGGUUAUAUUGAUGCGCUAAGAGAAGAGCAGAGAGUGACUCGCGUACAGCGGCUGGAUCAUCGUGCGCGGCAAAAGGAGACUCGGCGAAACGGGAGUCGGAAGGAAGAGGAACUGGGUCAUGCCGAUGGUGAAAUGGUGCUCGAAGGGAUCGCGGCGUGGAUGCGAGGAUGGCGAGAUGUCGAGGAAGGGUUCCAGGUCCGAGCACGAGCACGACAGCUGAACCGAGAACGGAGACAGGAGAGGUGGAGGGGAGGAGAGAAAAUAAGCUACAAGAAAAGUAAUGUAGUGGAGUUGUAG